UUUUUAAUUUUGGUUUCCCUCCUCCAUCCCGCAAUUCUCUACAUACUGACCUAAGUCUUCUACAAUUCCCUCCUAAACCAAAUUAAGCCCAAACACUGAACCUCACUGGCGCUGCACCGCCGUCGGACCUCACUGCCGUCGUUCAUUGCUGUCGUCGUUCCAUCUCCGGCAGGCCUGCGUCGUUCUCGUCGUUCCAUCCCCGUCGUUCACUGCUGAAAAACGCAAGUCUCCCGGGUUUUUUCGUGUUGAAAACGCAGCCCAGCCACCACGGCAGCUGCUGCUUGUAUCGCCGCCGACCACCUCAGCCUGUCGUUGUGACGCCGCCGACCACGCCACCGCCCACUCCGCCGGCGCCCCUGCUCAGUUCGUCCCUCCUCUCUUAGGAACCUACCUCCUGCCGGCUAUACUUGUUGAUAAACUCAGAGAAAGUCUUUGUUGCCUUUGGUACUAUACAUCCGGAAUUGACUCUUGAUCACCAUAACAACCUCGUUGCCGAUAACGUGAAGGUGAGCGUUGAUGAAUUUGAGCCCGCGUAUAAAGAAGCUUCAGUCCCCGUGCCUUCUCAAUUUAUAAAGAAACUUGGACAAGCUCUUGGUACUUUCACUCAGUGGCCAACAAAUUUGGUUUCGCUUGUGACGAGUCCUGAGGUAAAUGAGCCUGCAAGAAAAGAGCCUAACGAGAAAAGGGCUACAAGCAAAGAGCCUAAAGGGAAAGAGGUAAUGGUUGAAAGUCAACGCGAGACAAAAGGGUCCAACACUAAGGCAAACAAACAAUUUCUUCCCAAAUUUAGCUCGCAAAAAUUGGGAGUUCAGUGCAAUUGUAUGAAAACUAUGGUUUCUAAAUUAAAAGAAGGGGAGGAUGUUAAGUUGCAAGCUAGUAAAAGGGCAUUCAAUUUUGACAACGACCGUGAACUUAUUAUCGCCGUUGAAGACAUCAAUCAACUUCUCUCGGGAGCAUGGCUCAAUAUAUCGAUAUUGCAAGUUCUUAUACUGGCUUUAUAUGAGUCGUGGGAUGAAUUUGAUCAUUCUACCAAUGCUUUGGGAUUCAUGUGCCCGGAGAUGAUCUCGGAAACCAUGUUGUAUAGUGAUAUAAAUCGUGUUCUAUUAUACAUGUCGCAAUCCAUGGCAACACUCAGUUCUAAGUCAUUCAUCUUAUGUCCAUACUUCGAAAAGAGGCAUUGGAUUCUUUUAGUUAUUUGCUUGGCUAAAUCUCAGGUCUACAUAUUUGAUUCUAUGCAGAAGAAGAGAAAUUUGAUGAUUAAGAACCAAUUGAACCUGGCUUUUCGGACUUACAAGACACAAAAUGAAAAAUCUAAAGGAACUAAAUUGAAUUGGAUUGCGGCACAUGUAUAA